AUGGCAUCGUCAUCACAUAGUAAAUUUCAAGCUUGUCCAUCUGAAGCCUCUAGCAUUUCCGAAGGUAUUUCCCAAAAACUUUGUGUUGAAGAAGAGAAGAAUGAUGAUGAGGUGACAUUGAGGGGGAAGGGUGUCAAAUCUGUACAAGAUCAAACAUCCAAUUCCAAUUCCCACAAGGUGUUGGAUUUUGUCAAGCUCUCAAAGGAUGAAUCCAUUUGUGGGUCCAACGUGGAAUUAGAUUUUUUCAACCCUAUAGUGAACAUGGGGGGUUCAUCUAAUUCUUGUAGGGCUAAUAACUAUGAACCGAGAGACGAGAACAACAAUGAGGAAAAAGAAAAAUCAUCGGAGGCCAAGACUUUUUCUUGCAACUUUUGUAAGAAAGAAUUUUCUUCCUCACAAGCUUUGGGAGGACACCAAAAUGCUCACAAGCAAGAAAGGGCUCUUGCAAAGCGUCGCCAAGGGAUUGAUGUUGGUGCCUUUGGGCACCCUCAUUAUCUUUAUUACCCUUAUCCCACACACUCUUAUUAUGGAUCCUAUAAUAGGGCACUAGGAGUUCGAAUGGAAUCUAUGAUUCACAAGCCAUCAUAUCCUUCAUCCUCACUUGGCUUUAGGUUUGGUCAAGGGUGGUCAAGACAAGAGAUGCUAAACCCUUCUCUUGAUAGACUGAAGAUGGAGGGUUUCCAUGCAAAUAGUGGGGUAAGGAUUUUGGGGAGUGAUACAACUUUGAAGACACAAGAUGAUCAUGGUACUAAUGGAAACAUUUCAACUGUGAGGACACAAGAUGGUCAUGGCACUAUUGGACACAUUCCCUUUCUCGGGGAAUCUUCUACAAAUAAUGUUCCUUCAAAAUCAAACCCAACACCAUUGAGUACCAUUGGUGUUGAUCAUGAUCAUUCCAAACAAGAAGGAACCUCUAAUUCCGAUUCUUCUGAUGAGAUUGAUUUAUCACUUAAGCUUUAA